AUGGUGUCAACUCGUCAAUCAAGUAGUAUGAGUGGAAGUAAUGGAGGUGGGCCUGCUGCUGAAAUUACAGAUGUGAAUUCAUCAAGAAGAUCUGUAACAAUGACCAGCUCAUGCAGCGGUGCAUCUGUUUCUGAGCCACCUCCUGACAGCAAUUUGAACCUUCUUGAUUUACCAGUUGAAAUUCUUGAAAAGAUUUUCAGCUAUUUGGAUUAUAAUACAGUGGCUCACUUACGUCCAGUUUGUCAUCAGAUGGAUCGUGUUUGUGGAUCAAUUUUGAAUUCUACAUUUCAAAAGCUGCAAGCACAAAUGUUGAGCCGUUUUCAGGCAAUUAAAGCACAGAUGCCAAGGCGUGAAUCCGCACGUCGUAAUCAUCCAUUAGCUUGUGAAUCAGACAUCAUUGAAACUCUUCAUAUGCGUCUUACCUUGCUCCAAAUGAGUUUUGGCAAGCACAUUGAGCGUAAACAUUGUUGUUUUUUCCCUGGAGAGAUUUUAGAUGAAGUUUAUCGUAUUUUGCAUUAUAUAAAAGUUACUCCAAAAUUAGCCAGACCAUACAAAGUUACAGAUGAAUUAUUUGAUUUAAGUACUAUGGCUAUGGAGUACUUUAAAGAACAUAUUGAACCAACAUUACCAGAAAUUCCUUAUUUCGGAGCUGAUUUCCUGGAUCUUGCUGGGACAUUCUCCUGAAACAAUAGCGGAGAAGAAGGGUCCCCUCCACAUUCUUCAGAUGAUCCUGGUCUAUUAGAAUCCAAUGUUUCACCUCCACAAUCGAAUAUGGUGUUACGGAAAAGGAUCCGUAAAAUUAAGCAAGGCAUGAAGCGAUAUAAUAGUCAGUUAACAUUAAUGCGUAGAGAUUUGAGAAGCUGCAAAGCAAAAAUAGCAGAGCAACAAAAACAGAUCGUUGAAUAUGCUACGCGUCUUGAUGAAAACGAUAAAAAGAACGAAGAGACCUCUCGUAAAUUCAGCACACUCCUACAGGAAUUGAACAAGUGCAAAACGGAACUUCAGUAUUGGCGAUCAAAAUCUCCGGCGAUACCGGUGUGUGUAGUCUGCGGACAAUCUGUGCUAGUACCAACGGAAGAUCUACAAGCUUUAACGAAUCAAGGUGUAUUACCGGAAACACUUGAUGAAGGAUUAGAUUUCAUUCCCAUAGCAGAUCCGCAGAGUCUUACCGAAGUAGUACCGCAACCAACAGUUACACAACAGCCAUCAUCGCCACCGUCACCACAGCUACCACCACCAUCGUCACCACAGCUGCCACCACCACCACCAUCACCAACAGUGGAAAUGGCACCAUUAAAGGCUCCUGUGCCUUCAUUACUUCAAAAACGGAAAUCCACCACAGAGGAAGCACCGAGUGACUCCGCAAAGAAACCUCGUCGUACUGCCAAGUCACGUCAGGUUAAACGCUCGAAAAUAUAA